AUGGCCGCGGCGGCCACGGCACUGGCAGUGGGAGGGGGGCUGCUGCUGGCCGCCUGGCGCUGGCUGCGGGGCUCGGCCCGCGCCGAGGCCGGGCCCGUGUCCUGGACCUCAAUGCGGGGCAAGACCGUGAUCAUCACGGGGGCCAACAGCGGGCUCGGCCGGGCGGCGGCGGCCGAGCUGCUGCGGAUGCGGGCCCGCGUCAUCAUGGGCUGCCGCGACCGGGCACGGGCCGAGCGGGCGGCCCGCGAGAUCCGGGCCGAGGUGGGCGAGCGGGAGGAGGCCGAGGGCGGCGGCGAGCUGGUGGUCCGGGAGCUGGACCUGGCCUCUCUUCGCUCCGUCCGCGCCUUCUGCCACCGCGUCCUCCAGGAAGAGCCAAGGCUGGAUGUUCUGAUAAAUAAUGCAGGGAUAUUCCAGUGUCCGUACAUGAAGACAGAGGAUGGUUUUGAAAUGCAAUUUGGUGUAAACCACUUGGGUCACUUCUUGCUCACCAACCUUCUUCUGGGCCUCCUCAAAAAUUCUGCUCCGAGCAGGAUUGUGGUAGUAUCCUCAAAGCUUUACAAAUAUGGCGAGAUCAACUUUGAAGACUUGAACAGUGAAAUAAGUUACAAUAAAAGCUUUUGUUACAGUCGGAGUAAACUGGCAAACAUAUUAUUUGCAAGGGAGUUGGCCCGUCGGUUGGAAGGGACGGGAGUCACCGUCAAUUCGCUCCAUCCUGGGAUUGUCAGAACAAAUCUAGGCAGAUACGUGAAUAUUCCUUUUAUGGCAAAACCUCUGUUCAACUUGGUGUCAUGGGCUUUCUUCAAAACACCUCUGGAAGGAGCCCAGACUUCUAUUUAUUUGGCCUCUUCUCCUGAAGUCGAAGGUGUGUCGGGAAAGUAUUUUGGGGACUGCAAAGAGGAGGAACUCCUGCCCAAAGCCAUGGAUGACUUGGUUGCGAGAAAGUUGUGGGAUAUUAGUGAAGUGAUGGUUGGGUUAUUGAAAUAAGUGCCAGGGGCUGUCUGCUCAAAGAAUGCAGGUAGCUGCAACAAAUACUUGCUGUGAUGUAAUUCUCACUGUAAGUGCUGUGGGAAUAUGGAUUGCUUUGCUCAGUAAGUAUUAACUAAAGGAGUGAUUUUAUGCUGAAACUGUUUUAAAAUAAAGGACAAUCUUUACUUGAUAGGCACAGGCAUUCAGAAAAAGUCUGAUACAAGAGUUUGAGGGUGUGAAUAUAUUUGCUGCUGAAAUCUGUUUGGAAACUCAUGUUUUGCAAAUAAAAAUAAAACUGUGUUUUGCGAUAUAUGUGCAUGUUUGUCAUGUUCCACUACUUGUAGUUGAGCUGGACAAUGCAGGGUAGUGAUGGUGAAAUACCUCUGUGGAAAGUUUUUUUAAAAUCAAUCCUGAUAAUUAUAGGAUUGUUUUCUUUUUUUGAGCCAUACAAUGAAAAAUGGAAUAAACAGGUUUAUGUGUAUUUUAGAUUGGAAUCAUUUUAGGCCUCUGAGUGCCAUCGGAAGAUGUGUUUUCAGCCUCAUGGUUUAGUGAACAAAACUUGAGCCAUAUGCAGUUUAGCUGCAAAGCACAAAUCAACUUUUUUAGUGAUGUGGCUACUAUUCAAUGAGUAUAUAUAUACACUUGGCUGUGAAAGCUGUGUUUUUAUUUCCCUGUGUGCUGAACUUGCCAUUUUUUGACAUGCAGACAGCUUGGUUUUCACAAAAAAUGAAGUUGAAAGAUGUAUUAUGGUUUUGAUAGGGCUUUGCAUGUCACAAAUUGUGUGCAUAUAAAGCUCCGAAGACCUGACCCAGAUUAGACCAAAUAAAGUAUGGUUUUCAGUGGGUGUUUGGCUUGACUGAUGGCACUUUAACUCGGUAAUGAGAUUAGAUAAGUUUGUCUAAUAUAUCUUACUGAAUAUUCUUUAAUAAAUAUAU